AUGGGAUUUAGGCCUCAGCAACAGCCACCUGCUGGCUAUCGUCCUCAACCUAGACCGGGAUUCCAAUCUCCUUCAAUUCCUCAACCGGGCAUGCCUCAAAACAUUCGUCCUGGCUUUGUACCUAACCAACAAAGACCUUUGAUGAGACCCCAAUCCCCUCUUCAACCAUCUUCUCGUCCUCUUUCUGCAGUUCAAUCUCCUGUUCAGCAAUCACAACAAUUACCACAGGAACAAACACCCGUGUCGCCCACUUUUCAACAUAUGGAACAUCAUCGAAGAAAGAGAAUGUAUCCUGAACAAAUUACAAAGGCUUAUACUGGUGAAACUCCUACUUAUCAACAGCAACCAUCAUUUACCUCACCUGCUAUAGCUAAUCAGCAAGCCCAACAACCUCAAUUCAUCUCUCCUAUGGGUACACCUGCUACUAGUUAUGCUCAACCUACUCAACAGCCUAUUUUAAAUCAACAACGUCCUUAUAACGCGUAUAAUCAAGAUCCUGUUAACCAAAUGACAUCCCAAUUUGGAAACAUGUCCAUGUCUAAUGUUCCUUCUAUAACUCCUUCUGUUCCUUUGUUAGGUGCUCGUCCUUUGAUUGCUGAUAUUGGGAACACGGGUCCAUCCAUUUGCUUACCUCCUAAUAUUUCUGUUACAGAUUCCCCUUUUGUCAAUUGUGACCCUUCGUAUCAAUGCGCUACAAUUAAUGCUAUUCCCGCUACCGAAUCUUUAUUAAAGAAAUCAAGAUUACCUUUUGCACUCGUGUUGGCACCUUAUAGAAGUUUGAAGGAAGGAGAUGAACAAGUACCUGUUGUAAAGGAUAGUGUGAUCGCUAGAUGUAGACGUUGUAGAACUUAUAUUAACCCCUUCGUGACCUUUGUGGAAGGUGGUCAACGUUGGAAAUGUAAUAUGUGCUUUUUGUUGAAUGACGUACCUGCAGCUUUUGAUUAUGAUAACCAAACGCAACAACCUGCUGAUCGCUGGAAACGUCCUGAAUUGAACUAUGGCUGUGUUGAAUUUGUUGCUCCUACAGAAUACAUGGUUCGUCCUCCUCAGGCGCCUGCAUUUAUCUUUGUUAUUGAUGUCUCCUACUCAGCUAUUCAAUCAGGUAUGGUCGCGACCGCUGCUCGAACUAUUUUAGAUUCACUUGAUCGUUUACCUAACGCUGAGAAUCGAACCAAUGUUGGUAUUAUUACUGUUGAUUCUUCAUUACAUUUUUACAAUUUGAAUGCAAGUUUGAAAGAACCUCAAAUGUUAGUUGUCUCAGAUUUGGAUGAUAUCUACUUGCCUCAACCUGCAAAUUUAUUAGUUAAUUUGACUGAAAGCAUGCAAAAUAUUAAGACUUUAUUGGAGAAAUUGCCUGAUAUGUUUAAAGAUUCAGUUAAUGUUAAUAAUGCUUUAGGAACUGCACUUCAAGCAGCCUUUAAAUUAUUGUCUCCUAUUGGUGGUAAAAUUAUUUGUUUGCAAUCUACCUUACCCAACACAGGCGUUGGUGCUUUGAAACCUCGUGAAGAUGUCAAACUACUUGGUACCUCUAAGGAGUCUACACUCUUGAAUGCUGCAUCACCUUUCUAUAAGUCAUUUGCUGUUGAUUGUUCUCGCUCACAAGUUGCUUGUGAUAUGGUUAUUUUUGGUGGACAAUAUUCGGAUGUGGCUACCCUUAGCUGUGUUCCACAUUAUACAGGUGGACAAACCUAUUAUUAUCCUGGCUUUAACGCAAGUCGUACUGAAGAUGCUCUUAAAUUUGCUCACGAAUUUUCAGAAUUGUUGGCAGAACAAAUUGGUUUAGAGGCAGUCAUUCGUAUUCGUGCCUCUCGUGGCUUACGUAUGAGUGCUUUCCAUGGUAACUUCUUUAUUCGAUCUUCAGAUCUUCUCGCUCUUCCUAAUGUUCCUCGUGAUCAAGAUUAUGUGGUUGAAGUUAGUAUGGAAGAUGAUUUGAAGGUACCUACUGUCUGUUUCCAAACAGCAUUAUUACACACCUCAUGCAAUGGUGAAAGACGUAUCCGUGUUAUUACUAUGUGUUUACCUGUGACUAAUUCGAUGUCUGAUUUAUAUGCUAGCGCCAAUCAACAAGCUAUCACAGCCUAUUUAGCAGUAAAAGCAGUUGAGAGAGGAUUGACAUCCAAAUUAGAUGAUGCUCGUGAUGCGAUUGUGAAUAAGGUAGUUGAUUUGAUGGGUGUUUAUAAGACCCAUGUCUUGGGCUCAAGUCAAGGAUCUACGCCUCAACUUACUGCGCCUGAUAAUCUCAAACUUUUACCUUUGUUAGCACUUGGUCUAAUUAAACAUGAUGGUUUACGUCAAAGUUCACAAAUCCCUACAGACAUGCGUUCCAAUGCUAUGAACUUGUUAAAUACGAUGCCCAUACAACUUUUGAUUCCUUAUCUUUAUGCCAAUCUUUAUUCUUUACACAAUAUGCCUGCUGAUGCUGGAGAAUAUUCAGAAAAUGGAGUUAUUUUCCCACCUCAACUCAACUUGACAGCCGAAAAUCUCCAAGUUCACGGCUGUUAUCUUUUAGAGAAUGGACAAAACAUUUACUUGUGGGUUGGACGUAACGUAGUACCUCAGCUUUGUGUUGAUCUCUUUGAUGUUCAAUCUUAUGAAGGAUUGAAGGGUGGUAAAAUCACGAUGCCUAUUUUGGAAACACCACUGAAUAGAAAGGUUAAUACGUUGAUUGGCAAGAUUAGAGAGAUGCGUCGUGGCAAUUACUAUCCUACACUUUAUUUAGUAAAGGAAGAUGGAGAUCCAUAUCUUAGAUUAUGGUUCUUAUCCCACUUAAUUGAGGAUCGUACUGAUAAUAUCAUGAGUUACCAACAAUUCUUACAACAUAUUAAGGAUAGAGUAAAGUGUUAA